UCCAUAUUCCCUUGAAAGAUUCUAUUUCUAGUGCAUAUGGAUAAGCAAAUUUUCUUGUUGAUUCUUCUCUUUCUAGGUCAAUAUUACUUGCUUUCUAUAUCAGCUGCUUCCUUAAAUGAGACAGACCAAGAUGCUCUACUGACUUUCCAAAAUCUUGUUACAAGUCCAAGUCAUUUUCUGGCCAAAAACUGGACUAAGAAUACUUCUUUUUGCUCUUGGUUUGGUGUCACUUGCAAUUCAAAAAGGCAAAGGGUUGUGUCUUUGGCUCUUCCAAAUUUGCAACUUCAAGGCACAAUAUCUCCAUCUUUGGCCAAUUUGUCCUUUCUAAGAGAGCUCAAUCUUGUGAACAACAACUUCCAAGGAAAUAUUCCAACAAGUCUAUUUCAACACCAAAGAAUUCAAAAUAUUUCAUUAGCUUUUAACAAACUUAGUGGUGAAAUAUGGCAAGGGCCAUGGUAUUCACCUGAACUUAGAGUCUUGGAUCUUACCAACAAUAACCUCACAGGUAUCAUCCCUCUUUCAAUUGGAAAUGCCACAAAAUUGCUAAACUUAAGUUUGCGUAGGAAUAGAAUCAACGGCAAUAUUCCAAAUGAUAUUGGUAAUUUGAGCCAACUUGCAAUGUUGUCUUUGUCCCAUAAUCAAUUAACAGGUCCCAUUCCUGCAAUACUUUUUAAUAUCUCCUCGCUAAUUGCCAUACAUUUGCGAACCAAUAGCCUUUCUGGUCCUUUAUUGCUCAAUGUAGGGAAUAUUAAAUCCAAUCUAAAGAUUCUUAGUAUACCAUACAAUCAAAUUUCUGGUGACUUUCCUUCCAAUAUUUGCCAAUUCACAGAGCUCAGAGUGUUUUCUAUAGCUUUCAACAAUAUAACUGGAGAAAUACCCAGAAAUAUUGGUUGUUUAGCUAAGUUGAAGAAGUUCUUUGUUGGAAACAACGCUAUAAAUGGGACUCUUCCUACAUCAUUGGGCAAUAUUUCCACUCUACAAUCUCUUCAUUGUCCAAACAAUCGUGUAGAGGGGCCAAUUCCUUUAGAAUUAGGGAAGCUAUCAAAUUUAAGGUUGUUAGAUUUCGCUGAAAAUUAUAAUCUUAUUGGUGAAAUUCCAAAGGCUAUUUUCAAUAUAUCUUCUUUGGAAUUCAUUUCUUUAAGUUUAAACAACCUCUCGGGGAGAAUUCCAGCCACUACAGGUCUUCAUCUUCCGAACCUUAACGGGCUUUACUUGGCGAAAAAUCAGAUUGAAGGGGAAAUUCCGCCGUUCAUAAUAAAUUCUACCAAGCUUACUGAGUUGGUGUUAGCUGGAAACUUUUUCACUGGAAAAAUUCCUACUAAUUUGGGAAAUCUUCGCGAGCUACAAGGAUUGUUCUUAGUAAUGAAUCAACUUACCAAUGAACCAAGUGAACCUGAGUUGUUAUUCUUGAAUUCUUUGGUGGACUGUAGGAUGUUGCAAUAUCUAUCAUUUGGUUACAAUCCAUUGAACGGAAUUCUUCCCAAUUCUAUUGGGAAUCUUUCAUCUGCUAUUGAAUAUUUUGAAAUAGCAAAUGCACGUAUCAAUGGCCCCAUACCCAAAAGUAUAGGCAACAUGACCGGUCUAACGAUGCUAGACUUUCAGAAAAACAACUUGAUGGGGAGUAUUCCUUUUGAGGUUAGUAAGCUUAAACAACUCCAAGGGCUAUAUCUACAUAAAAAUAAAUUACAAGGACAUAUUCCAAAGGUAGUAUGUCAAUUAUCUAGCUUGGUUCAGUUGAUUCUGCAUAGUAAUGAGCUCUCUGGGGUGAUCCCUGAAUGUAUAGGAAAUCUAAGCAUGCUACAAGAACUUUGGUUGGGAUCUAACAAUUUUGCCUCAAAGUUACCUUUGAGCCUUUGGCAGUUGGCAGGUCUUCUCCAUCUAAACAUUUCAAGGAAUUCUAUACAGGGAGAAGUUCCACUUAAUAUUGGAGAACUAAAGGCCAUUGUAGGACUUGAUCUUUCUGGUAACCACUUUUCAGGCAUGAUACCAAGCAGAAUAGGCGAGCUCGAGAACAUGCAAUAUCUUUCUCUAUCAAACAACUCAUUUUUGGGUUCAAUUCCAUCAUCCUUUUCCAACUUGAUAAGCAUGGAGUUCUUGGAUCUGUCAUUAAAUGCUAUUUCAGGUACUAUUCCUAUGUCAUUGGAAAAAUUGUCGCGCCUUAAAAGUAUCAAUGUUUCAUUUAAUGAUUUGGAAGGUGAAAUACCCAAUGGUGGUGUGUUUGCAAAUUCCACUCCGCAAUCUUUCGUAGGCAACAAAGGUCUAUGCGGAAUGCACAUGUUGGAAGUUCCUGCUUGCGCUAUUACUAAUCCUAGACGUCAUUCAAAGUUUAAGAAGCUUGUGCUAAAAAUUGUUACUCCAGUGGUUACUUCAUCCUUUCUGAUAUUCUUCUUGGUCUCAAUUUGGAUAAUGAUACAACAAAGGAAGGGAAAGUCAAAAGAUGCAGAAAAGGUAACAGAGCUCAGAACUUAUCAAUUGAUUUCUUAUCACGAGAUUCGACGAGCAACAAAUAACUUUGAUGUGUCAAAUUUAAUUGGGGUGGGAGGUUCUGGAUCUGUGUAUAGAGGCACAUUAUCUAGUGGAACUGUGGUGGCAAUAAAGGUUUUGGACUUGCAAAAUGAGGAAGCAUGCAAGAGGUUUGAUACUGAAUGUGAAGUGAUCAGAAAUGUUAGGCAUAGAAAUCUUGUACCGGUGAUUACUACUUGCUCUAGCGAACACAUAAGAGCCUUUGUCCUGCAAUAUAUGCCCAAUGGGAGUCUUGAUAAUUGGUUGUACAAAGAAGAGUCUCACUUGAACCUCCUUCAAAGAGUUACCAUAAUGCUUGAUGUGGCUGUGGCAAUUGAAUAUCUGCAUCAUGAUUAUGACACUCCGAUAAUUCAUUGUGACCUAAAGCCAGCCAAUGUUCUUUUGGAUAAAGAUAUGGUGGCUCAUGUUGGUGAUUUUGGCAUCUCUAAAAUUUUAGCAGGAAACAAGUCCACAGCACAUACCGCGACAUUGGGCACUCUUGGUUACAUUGCACCAGAAUAUGGCUCGGAGGGAAUUGUGUCCACUAGUGGUGAUGUUUACAGUUAUGGCAUCAUGUUGAUGGAGGUUUUAGCAAAAAGAAGACCAGUCAAUGAAGAUAUAUUCAAUGAAAGUCUUGGCAUAAGGGAGUGGAUGAGACGAGCAUUUUCAGGGACUAUGAUAGAAAUUGUGGAUGCUAAUCUUUUUUUUGAGGAUAAGAUUACUUCCAAAAGUGAAAUUUGCAUAGCCUCCAUGAUAGAAUUGGCUUUGGACUGCACAAAUGAAAAGCCAGAAUCAAGGAUAACUAUGAAAGAUGUAGUCAAGAGGCUUAACAAAAUCAAGAACACAUUUUUGGAAAGUAGAAGUUAGCAUCUCUUAAGGUGGUGUUCUUUCUGAGUUGCAAGUUAAUAUGUCGCUUUUUGUUUACCAGAUUUCUUUAAUAUAGUCUUCCAUACUACUUGGAGUCAUGUACUGUUUGUAGUUUUGAGUGUUGAAUUCUCUCUUGUUGUAAUUUUAUAUUUGAGUGGUUGUAAACCUAUUUUACGUUUUUAGUAUUUAUGGUUUGAAUGCUAAUUAUGAAGGUGUUUAGCAGCACUAUUUGGCUUUCUGUUUGCAA